AUGGCGGGCAGUGUUGAGAUGCAGACAUAUUCUGCGAGAUUGAACUCUUUCCAGAUACCACACCAGUUGAGCAAGCGACGCGCCUCGUCUUCCAGCAGUAAGAAGAAGGGCGGAAACACAGUAGAAUGGCCGCACGAGUCGCCGUCACCAGAAGAGUUGGCCCGCGCCGGCUUCUUCUACCGACCUGUCCAGGAAUCACCCGACAAUGUCCAAUGCUUCCUCUGCGCAGUCAAGCUCGAUGGCUGGGAACCCAGCGACUCGCCACUCCACGAACAUCUCUCGCACGCGUCUGCCUGCGCUUGGGCGGUGUCGCUGUCGACCGCACGUCUGGACGAUAGCACCGAGCCAGCAGAAGCACGUGAUCCGCUCUCCGACGAAAUGGUCGCUGCACGAAGAGGCACUUUCGAGGUGGGUGACGGGUGGGUGCACGAGGGAAAGAGAGGCUGGCGGUGUAAAGUGGCGAAGAUGGUCGAUGCUGGCUGGACCUUUGAUCGGAGCCCCGAGACUGAAGAUGGUGUCACGUGCUUCUACUGCAAUCUGAGCUUGGACGGCUGGGAGCCCAAGGACGACCCGGCACAAGAACACAGACGACGAAGCCCGGAAUGUCCUUUCUUCACGCUGUGCGAGCAAUAUCAUGGAACAGCUAUGCCAGGCGCGAACAAAGGUGUCAGAGGUAAAGGACGAUCGAGCACAGCUAGCAAGACCUCACGACUGAGCACGCAGAGUACCAUGUCCGUCGCGGUUUCAGAGGCAGCGAGUACGGCUGACCUGGGCGAGAGUGGAAUGGCUGUGGACGAUAGUUUCAUGUCCAAUGCUACUACUGCCUCGCAAGCAACCGUCAAAGGUGGCAAGAGAAAGCCUGGUCGACCCAAAGGCACUAAAGGCCGAAAGGCUGCUGAAAAGGUGGAGGAGCCAGCGGCCGAGGAGAUCGAGAUUCACGACUCUGCCCGGGGCACCAUAAGGCAUAGUCAGGCUCCAGGCGCAUUUCCGGAGUCGAGUGUUCUGGAACCAGAGCCGGAGCCGGAAACAGUACCAGAGCCAGCACCUCGUCCGACACGAAAUAGACAGUCACGACAAGUCGACUCCUCUGUCAUCGAACCAAGCCAGGCAGAUCUUGCGCCGAAAAAUUCAACUCGUGGACGCAAAGCCAAGGCCCAACCGGAAACUGAAUCGGAGGCCGAGCAGCGACUAAGUGAGGUGUCUGCACAAUUACAACAUGAGUUGGACAAUUCAAUGGACUACAACGAUGCACCCGACCACGAGUCUACUCCUCAGCAGCUACCCCCAAAGCCACAACGAGGUGUCAAGCGAAGUUCCGAUGGCCUGAGAAAGGAGCAGGAGAGCAGUGUGAUCAUGGGCUUGGAGUUUCCAACGCCACCUCAACCUGCUGCUGCCAAGGGCAAGAAGGGUAGAAAAGCGAGCAAGCAGAUUGCGCCUCCCCAAGGAGAAGUAGUGGCGCACCUGGACGAAGCCGCGACGCGCGAGCCAAGUCCAAGUCUAGGCGAGCCUGUCGCCGACGUCGAAGUAUCUUCAGAAGCUGCCAAGCCGGCGAAGAAAGCCACUGCCAAGAGCAAGAAAGCAUCGGUAAAGAAGGGCAAAGGCCGCAAAGCCUCUUCAGCACGAUCUUCGAAAGCUACAGUGACCGAGUCUGAAGCCGAGCCCGAGGCUGAUAUGAACGAGGACCUGGCCAGAGACGAGGCGGAGAUCGAAGCAGAGCUUGGUCGUAUGGCAGCUGAGCAGGCCGCCGUAGCUCGGGCGUAUGUCGAUCAGACCGAUGCUCUCGUUGCUGAGCAGGAGAAGGUGGAGGAAUUCGAGGCUUCGCCUUCGCAUGGUAAGCGGCAUAGCAACGUUCUGCCGGAGCACACUACAUCGCUACCGCCGCAUGAAGGCGUGAAGAGCGUCGUCGCGGUCCUGGACGACGAUCUCGAUCUGGCCGCGGCGAAUCUUGCCACCAACAAGCCCAAUGCCACACCUUCGCCCUCAAACAGCGACAAGGAGAACCACCCUUCCUCAGUCGUCAACGCACCACCCACAGCACUCAAAGCCGCUCCCCUCCUCAGCCCAACAAAGACAACCCGCAUCCCCCUAGCCCCGAGCACCCCCAACCGCCACCCCCAAAUAAAAUCCACAACCCUCCUCUCACCAACCAAACAACUCCUCACCCUCCACACCACGGAGCCCUGGCUCGCCGUGGACUUGGACACCAUCCUCCUCCCAUCACCUCAACCCACCCCUGGAACUCUUGCUUCGCGGCUCGUGCAAGCGGGAGGGGGGUUGAGCAGUCCGGAGAAGAAGAUGAGUGUUGAGGAGUGGAUCCUUUGGCGCGCGGGGCAGGGGGAGGAGGACUUGAGGCGGAAGGCAGAGGAGAUGGUGGGGGUUUUUGAGCGGGAGGGGGUCAGGGCGCUUACUGUGUUGGGGGGUGUUGGCUCUGCGUAG